AUGAGCUGGUCUUGUGGUGAAAGUAGGGGAGAACAGGUGGAUAGUCUGAGUACUCCACUAGGAUCUUUAAGAUUUCAGGAAAAAAAUGAGGAAAGCCUCCAGCAUGUCAGGCGUCCCUUGUAUCAAACUUCUGGGAGAUUAUGGACAACAGUUGCCCAGGAUAAGCAGGCAUGGCUGGGUUUCAAUUUGCAUAUUGCAGAAAUGUCAGCAGUGGAAAAGAAAUUACUGGUGAUUGACGUGGAUGCUGGUAUAGAUGAUGCUGUUGCCUUAAUGAUGGCUCUGGGAGCACCUAACGUUGAAGUUCUGGGGAUCACUUGCUGUUUUGGGAAUACUUCAGUGGAAAACGUGUGUAAAAAUGUCCUUCGGGUGUUACAGAAGUGUAACAGCUUACAGAUUCCAGUUUAUCAAGGUGCUUCUUCUCCGCUGCUUAAUAAUCUGAAAAUGGAUUGUUAUUUUGGAAAAGAUGGCUUGGGUGAUAUUCCUGACCCAGAUGCUCCAAGACUGGACAAAGUUCAACAAGAACAUGCAGUGCCUGCAAUGAUCAGGAUGAUCAGUCAACUACCUGGCCAGGUAACUUUGGUAGCCACUGCUCCUUUGACCAAUCUAGCUCUGGCUGUGAAAAUGGACCCCAGUUUUCCUAAGAAAAUUAAAAAUCUGUUCAUGAUGGGAGGAAAUAUGAAUUCCAGAGGGAACGUGGGUACAUGUUCAGAAUUCAAUUUUGCCACAGAUCCAGAAGCAGCUUACAUUGUCUUGAAUGAGUACAUGUGCCCUACCUACAUUGCAACUUUGGAAUUUGUAUGCAUGUAUACAUUGCCUUGGGAAUUUUAUGAGCAAUGGACUUCACAAAAUAGUAAUAAAGCAAGAUUUUUGAAAGAAAUCAAUGCUUAUACUGUGACCUGUUUGAAGAAACAUGUACAGAAGUCCACCACACCGUUCUGGACACCAGGCUAUAUGCCUUCUGACUGCUUUGCCAUGACAGCUGCACUUGAUGAGGACUUUGUCACUAAAGCCAUAGUUUGUGCUGUAUCUGUGGAACUGGCUGGCUUCCACACCCGAGGAAUGAUGAUUUUGGAUAUAGAUGAUAAGCUUCAGAAGAAAAACAAAGUUUCAAUCAUGAUGGAAUGCAAUGUAGAAAAAUUCAAGGUACUUCUGACAGAUAGUUUGAAAUAA